AUGUUCUUAUCGGCUGGAGUUGAAAAGCAGAGUGGCUUUGGGGACAAAGGUGGCUCUCCUCCUCUCAGUCCUGCAGGAAAUGCAGUGGAGGCGUCGCCCAGAGGGGAGCCAUUGAAAUGCGGGGUGAAGAAUGUGAGAGGAGUCAUUGAUGAUUUUGGCUGCCUGUCUAAGGACCUGUUGGCUGAAAACAUGUGCCAGAGUUCUGACAGGCAGGCCAGACAUUCACAGAUCAGUCCUUCUCAGCCAUUAAUAGCAGUGGCUGGUGACGACGUUGUUUUGCCAUGCCAGCUGGAACCUCCUGUGGAUGCUGUUCAGAUGACAAUCGAGUGGGGAAAACCUGCCCUAAAUCCCAGAUUUGUGUUUGUGCGGCACAAUGGACAGGAGCUUCAGACAGACCAAAACACAGCCUACAAGGGAAGAGUGACUCUGUCCAUCGAUAAGCUAAAGCACGGAGAUGUUUCACUGAAUCUGUCCAAAGUGAAAGUCUCUGACAGUGGAAGAUACAGAUGCUACAUUCCACAACAGAGUAAAGAAUAUUUUGUUGAGCUUCUUGUUGGUGCUUCCUCCCAACCUGAUGCCAAGUUAGCAGGACUUGAUAAAGCGAGCAGUGGAGUGAUGCUGGACUGUAAGUCUGCAGGCUGGUAUCCAGAGCCUGAAGUAAUAUGGAUGGACGGUGAUGGAAACCUCCUCUCUGCUGGACAUACGGAAGCACUCAGAGGUCCUGAUGACCUCUAUACUGUCAGCAGCAGAGUGACUGUAGAAAAGAGACAAAACAACAACAUCACCUGCAGAGUCCAACAGAAAAACAUCAACCAGAGCAGAGAGACACACAUACAUGUUCCAGAUGAUUUCUUCGUGGCUCCAGCAAGCUGUGUUGUUCCUGUCACCUUUAAUGUGAUUUUCUGCUUCAUAUUUGUUCUUGCAGUCGCUAUUUUUAUGUGGAAAAACAAGAUGAAAGUUCCUACCACAGAAUGUCAAACUUUCCUGGAAGAUUUGGGCAACAAAAAUGGAAAACUUGAUGAAGAGUUAAAAGCGUGGGAGAGGAAUGAUGUGGAUGACUGUGUUCACAUGUGUCUCCACUUCCCCUGA